AAUGGUGCGUCGAUAGGGAGUAGGGAAAAAGCAAGAAGACAAGUGAGAAAGAAGGGAAGCGCCGCGACCGUGGGCAGCUCUUGCCACCGGACCGUCGCCCACCCCGAAUCACUUCUUGUCUCCUUCCUCACUUCACCACUCGAAAUUCGCUAGCGAAAUUCUCUCGCCGCACUCCAUCUCCGCCGGUCCCGGAAGCUUCCGAGGUCAACACGCCGGCGGCGAGAGACGCAGAGAGAGAGAGGGAGUGACGCAGGAGUGGAGAAGACGAACUUCGACUCCUCUCUCUCUCCCUCUCUCUCUAUAUAUAAGCCGACCACCGCCGAGCUCUGCCCGACCCAUAUCUUGUACCGAGCACCGGGGCGGCUGCCAUGGCGAGCGGGCCGCCGCGACCCUCCUCCGAUCCCGACCGCAAGCGCACGAUCCCGGUCUACAUGAAGGCGGUCUCGGGCUCGCUCGGGGGCACCGUGGAGGCCUGCUGCCUCCAGCCCAUCGACGUCAUCAAGACCCGGCUCCAGCUCGACAAGUCCGGCGCCUACAAGGGGAUCGCCCACUGCGGCGCCACCAUCGCCAGGACCGAGGGCGUCCGGGCCCUCUGGAAGGGCCUCACGCCGUUCGCGACCCACCUGACGCUCAAGUACACGCUCCGGAUGUGGUCGAACGCCGUGCUCCAGUCGGCGUUCAAGGACCCGGAGACUGGGAAGCUCACCAACAGGGCCAGGCUCCUGUCCGGCUUCGGCGCCGGGGUGCUCGAGGCGCUCGUGAUCGUCACUCCAUUCGAGGUUGUUAAAAUCAGGCUGCAGCAACAAAGAGGUUUAAGUCCGGAGCUUUUAAAGUACAAGGGUCCUAUUCAUUGUGCCCGGACAAUCAUCCGUGAAGAAGGCCUUCGUGGGCUGUGGGCAGGGGCUGCACCUACAGUCAUGCGCAAUGGGACCAACCAAGCUGCUAUGUUUACAGCGAAGAACGCAUUCGAUGUACUAUUAUGGAAGAAGCAUGAAGGCGAUGGCAAGGUCCUCCAACCAUGGCAGUCCAUGAUUUCUGGAUUCCUAGCAGGAACUGCAGGUCCUGUGUGCACUGGGCCCUUCGAUGUCGUCAAGACGAGGUUGAUGGCUCAAAGUCGACAUGGUGGAGAGUUGAAGUACAAGGGCAUGGUUCAUGCCAUCCAAACAAUUUUUAAAGAGGAAGGACUUCUCGCUCUGUGGAAGGGACUCCUGCCUCGGCUCAUGAGAAUCCCGCCCGGCCAGGCCAUUAUGUGGGCUGUCGCGGAUCAAGUAAUCGGAUUCUAUGAGAGGAAAUUUCUCAUAGAUGCGCCGGUCUAGUCAUUGAUUGACGUUAGUCUUUUUUAUCUUCUGUGGCCAUUUAGUAGGUAGUCAAGUCAAUUAUUUGAUUAGAUUAUCUUCUUUUCAAUUAUCUAGAUGAAACCCAUCUAGCUAGACGCAGUCGUCAUUGAUUUUGAAUUGUAUAAACAUGAUUUCCUCAAUUGGUAAGCUUUCUAAAAGUUUUGACAGGGAUGAAAUAAAAUAAAAAGCAUGGACAUUGCUUAUUGAUUCA